CAAAAUUGCAGAGACCAGGCUGUUGCUGACUUUUUCUUGAGUUCUGACAAGCCCCUGGGACCGUCGAUAUGAGACCAACUCGACUCCCGAUCUUAAUGAUUUUAAGUAUUUGUAUCAUUUGGAACUUUUCCCAAGUCUAUUCCAAUGGAUAUACAAAUGGGCAGAAAAUUUACACGAGCAUUGAUUACUGUGCUGAGAAAAAUAUUUGUGGUGAAACUGGUAUAUGUCGAUUGAAGCCAAAUUCUUACGUCUGCAUCUGUAACGGAAGGAAAAGCACGACGAACCAGAAACCAUGCAUAGACCUAUCUUGCCCCUUAAAACAGAAAAAUAUUAAAUCUGAAGAGUGUGAAAAGGGUAUGAGCAACAAUGAAGAACAAAAUGCAGCAAUGACUGAUUAUUCCUAUUGUUCCAUCGUUAGUUUUGCCUCUGGCAUUGAUAAGGAUUGUCAAAAUUAUACAAACACUAACAAGAGUCAACUUUUACUGCAUACCAUGAUGGAGUAUGUCAGCAACACGAGCGAUCACAAAUCCGCAUGGUUCAACAUGGAGAACGGCCAGAGGGAUGAGGCAUUGACGCUUCUCCUGAGCUCGGUGGAGAGCACUGUCAUGAUGACGAUGAUAGACAUGAACACCACUAACUACAACCUGAUGAUGACCAGCAUUGAGAUCCAAAUCCAAGUUCUUCAGAGCGAUAAUGGAGCUAUGGCCUUAUCAGCUAAUGGGAAUGAGAUGGACUUUCACUGGGAAAAACACUGCACUGAUUUUGCAGCUGUUUCCUUCAUCUCCUGCCGCAGCAUGGGAAUACUUAUGGAAGACAGCGGCUUGGAAAUGGAAAAUAAGAAAUACGGGACUGAAUAUCUACAGCUGAACUCGGAUGUGCUAAUCGCCACGGUUACCAAGACCAACAAAACCCGCCAAAACACCACUUUCACCAUCAAAAAGAAAAAUGUCAGUGAUGUUGACGAUUAUACUGUCUGUGUGCACUGGAACACUCACAUGAAUACCUGGUCCACCAAAGGCUGUUUGAAAAUGCGUUCGAAUGUUUCACACACCGUCUGUCAAUGCACACACUUCAGUAGUUUUGCCCUGCUGGUCGCACUCUACAAGGUGGAGGGUCCUGCUCUGACCACCAUCACUUACAUGGGAAUUAUUACCUCGCUAGUGUGCCUUGCCAUCGCUAUCAUCACCUUCACCAUGUGCCGGCCGAUCCACAGCACACGCACUACCAUCCACACCCACUUGUGCCUGUGCCUGUUUGUGGCGGAACUGCUGUUUCUCGUUGGGAUAUCAGCAACAAACAGCAAGGCUGUGUGCGCGGCCAUUGCUGGAAUCCUUCACUACCUCUUCCUGGCGUGUUUUAUGUGGAUGCUACUGGAAGGUGUCCAGCUUUACCUGAUGGUGGUCAAAGUCUUCUGGACCCAGAGCCUCCGAGGGAGAUACACUCAGCCUAUUGCCUAUGGCAUCCCAGCUAUAAUCGUCGUUAUCUCAGCCGCAGCUGACCCGACCGGAUAUGGCACCAGAGAAUAUUGUUGGCUGUCGAUGGAGAAAGGUUUUCGAUGGAGCUUUGUGGGUCCCCUGUGUGUGAUCUGUCUGGCCAAUUUUGUUUUCCUCAUUCUGACGAUAUGGAAGCUGGCCCUGAAAUUUCAUACCGUGAAUCCAGACCUAUCGAACUUACAAAAACUCAGGUACAGGAUUCACACUGGAGCGCAACACUGUUAA